CGUCGCUUCAUAAAACGGUUGUGUCCUGUUACGUCACAAGUAUUGGCAUAGCUAUAUUGUAGAAGGGUUCGGAGCCAUGAAAAGCGAUGGGAAUGGCAACUGGGGGGAACGAUAAAAACUUUCCAUCUCAAAGAUGUAGAACAGGGUAUAAAGAUCGUCUUUUACAGAGAAGAAUUCAUGAAAGGACUGUCUCCGCCGACUUGGUUAGAAAUGAAAAUACAAAAUCUGUGUGUAACUUGUCUGAUACAAUACUUAACGGUUUCGAAGUCUUAUGGCGCCAGAAUUUGAUGUGUGAUCUAGUUUUAACCUCACAGACCAAAGCUUUCCAGGUUCACAAAAUUCUGCUUGUCACGUGUUUUGAUUAUUUCUAUGAUUUAUUUGUCGAGAAGAAAUGUUCAGCAAAGGAAACAGAUUUUUCUGAUAUUAAACCGGAUGUACUUGAAGGAAUUCUAGAAUGUAUGUACACGGGAAAAGUCCAUUUAACAGACGGUAAUACUGAAAGUGUUUUAGCAGCCGCUUCAAAGUUAGGAUUUUUGAAUGUAAAGGAUGUUUGUGAGGAAUUUCUUGUAUCAACAGUUACUUUGAAGAACUGUCUUCGAAUGUUAGACAUUGCGUUUAGAUUUAACUUAAACAAUCUAUGCGAUACUAGCCUUGAAAUUUCAGCUAAAAGUUACAAAUUAAUCUCCAGAAGAUCGAGGUAUAAAGAACUACCAGUCGACCAAAUAAUGGCGCUACUAAAGAGAGAUGAUCUGGCAGCCGAUGAUGAACUAGAAGUGUUUAAAUGCAUGCUUAUGUGGAUCGACCAUGAUCGUGUAGACAGAUUGGAACAUGCAACCAAUCUGAUGAUGGCGAUCAGACUUCCCCUUCUCCCCGCUUCUGUUAUUGUAGAUUCUAUUGAGUCUGUAGAAUAUCUAAUGAACAUACCAGAAUGUCAAAAUCUUGUUAAAGAGGCCCUUCACUAUCACUGUAUGCCUGCUAGGCAGAGUGUUCUACAGUCAUCACGUACUUUGCCACGUAAACCUGUUCACCAACCAUGCUUACUGAUUUCUGGUGGAGCUCCGAGAUUAAUGAGAGAAUCGGUCAGUGAUGACAUCUACAGAUACAGUUUCGUUGAGGAGCGUUGGGAGACAGUCAGUACCAUACCAGGAGAGCGACACCAUCAUGCUGUUGCUGUACUGGGUGGCUUUUUGUAUGUUGCUGGCGGAGAACGAACGAAUAAUCACAAAUCUCCAGAAAAUACUGUUUACAGAUAUGAUCCUCGAACUAACACAUGGCUUGCUGUUGCCAGUAUGAAAUACAAACGACAAAGUUUCCAGCUGGUGGCACUUAACGGAAUGCUUUAUGCUAUAGGUGGAAGGAUGAACAAGAACGAAUCUCUUGAUAUAGUAGAAAGAUACAAUCCAAACACAGAUAAAUGGGAAGAAGUGGCCCCUCUUUGUAGUCCUAAAAGAUGUGUAGCUGCUGCAGUUUUAAAUGGGCGUAUUUAUGUUGUGGGUGGCUCAGGUUUGUAUCACUUUACUCAAAUUAUAACAAUCAAUCUUUCUAUCCUGUUCAUUGAUGAUCAUCCUGCAGAAAACAAAUGGCAAACAAGGAAACCUUUGACUAUACCAAGAUUCUUCUCCCAGUUGGUUCAAGUUAAAGGUUCCCUAUUGGUCAUUGGUGGUGCAACUAUAAAUUCUGAAGGUACCAUUUCCUGUGUCGAAGCAGUGGAGAAAUACUCACCAACAGCCGACACGUGGAAGUUCGUCUGCAACAUGUUAACACCUCGUGCUGAAUUCGGAUGCUGCAUGUUAGAAGACGUCAUAUACGUCGCUGGUGGCUAUAACUGGAACAAUGGAGAAAGAUUGACAUCUGUAGAAAGCCUAGAUCUUGAUACCAUGAUAUGGACAUCAGUUAGCAACAUCAGCCGACCUUUAACUGGUAUAGCGUGUUGCACACUAACUUUAUAUUUUGAUCGGUACGAUAGAGAAGCUAUUCUGAUGCGAAAAUCAAGAUCUCCAAGGAGCACUAAUGACUUUGUUGCUUUAGAAACCACAAAACGGAUUGAAAGCACCAUUUAA